AUUCUUAUUAGUUUCAAGGUCAUCGAUCAUAUUAAAAAGAAAUGACGCGGUACUUCCGGGUUUUUCUCGAUUCCCACCGUUUCCGGCGAAGCUUUUGUACUGCUGUGCGAGAAAAAUCUUUCAAUGUCAAGCCGACUCAUGCCCCGUCUGCAAUAGCGAUGCGACACAUGGACAAUUUUUACUCGAAGGUAUUUGGUCAGAAGUUGUGGCGGUCCAUUCGACUUGCAUUGCAUGCGCCUAUGAAGAACAUAGCCAUUUUGAAUUCGUUCGCUGUAAAUUCGGAUGACAUGGAAAAGCGCCUCGCUGCGGAAGGAUGCGUUCCGUUGAGCGAUUUGUUGGAAUUUUCGAUGCGUGGAAUUGAAAUUACGAAAAAAUCUCGAAGAAUGCGAAGAGAAGCUAAUGACAGCAAUGUUGAACAAAAUAUGAUGCCAGAUGUACUUGGUGAUGAUCCGAGUUCUCGGACAAUCACGUCGGAGAUGGGCGGGUUGAAGUCCAACUUGAUAAUGCAGUUCGUGCCAGCUUCUGAAAUUAAAUCUGAGGAAGGGAAUGAAGCCGGUGAUGAGGAAUAUUUUCAGUCUUAUCCCGUUGACUUUCGAGGACCUCAAGUACAAGAGUUGGAUGAAGUCUGCGAUUUGUCGCAUUUGCGAAUAUAUGGCAAAACAUACGGUGACGUGACACCUAUGCCCUUGCCAAGAGUUGAUGCUGUUGGUUUGAGAUCUCAUAUUUUGGCGGAUUUGGGAGAUAUUCUUCCAGCUUUGGUAUUGCAGUUCAUGCCGGAGGAUAAAGUUUUGUAUCUGACAUCUGAUGAGCCUACUUGUCUACUGCCAGUUCUUCAGACUAUGAUGCCGAAUCAGAUUGUCGUUUCCACGUUCAAGGAAACCCAGAUCACAGAGGUAAGAAAGUAUCUAGCUCAAUAUACUCCAGGAAGUCAUCACGUGGAAGUGGUUCAUUCAAGCCUGGAUAAAGUCGGUUUUCUUGGAAAAUUCAACAGGGUGAUUGUUGAACCCCCAUGCACUCGUGACAGGAACUGCCUGUCCGAUGAUGUGGGAAACUCCUUUCACAUUUCCCGAGCAAAAGAGCGAACGAAUUUGCCUCAGGUUCAAGCGCAAAUGUUGAAAGUGGGCUUAGAAGCGCUUGAACGGAAUGGAAAGCUCGUUUACAUUACUUCAACGUUGUCGCCUGUACAGAACGACGGUGUAGUAUUGAGAGCAUUUGAGAGCCUAGCUGCUGAAGGACGAGAAAACCGUUUUGUUGUGAGGAAUAUGGAAGCGGCAGUCAGCGAAUAUGGAAAAUUAUGCCGAAUGAGGCCUUCUGAAAAUAACCUUGGCAUGGUUCUCCUGCCAUUUCUGCCCAACAACUACGGUUCAAAAUACGUAGUGCGAAUAGAUGCCGACUGAACGUCGAAUCCUUGUAAAUUUCAACAGCAUUACUGAUUUUUUUCAUGGCUACGUUCGGUUAUUUCGUAAGGUGAACUUAUUCGUAUCUUGAAAAAGUGUGAUCCAAGAGUGAGUCGGACGAAAAAUAUAUUAGAUAUCUUGGAACGCUUUUAUUAUGAGCUCGGAUUGCCUGGUUGAGCUGAAAACCAAUUCUUUCAAGAAUCCGACGCAUGCUGCGCAAGUGACUCUUGAUGCCGUCCGAAAUCUCGUCUUGGGAAACGCUUGGACUUGUGCCAAGGAUCUUUUCAACGUCUUGACACCCACUGAGCGAUGCCUUUUCGGCGCCAUAAAUGAAAACGCACCAUUUGCGCGGAACUUAAUUCUGCGAUGCUUGAAAAUAAUUCGCGAUGACUAUACUGCAAUUUAUGAUGCUAAUAAAAGCUUGGAUACGCAUACGCAAAAGCCAUCCGUGGGCUGGGAUGCACAGCCGUCGUACGCUGUUCCGUUUGAAGACCUGAAGGAAAGAUUAUUGGACAGUUUGUCAGAAUUGAGUGCGGAAAUGGAGCUCAAUGCAUUGAAUAUGGCGCAACAUGCUCCACAGCAUGUGCACACGAACGACGUUGUUCUCACGAUGGGUUACUCUCCGCAUGUGGAGCUCUUCUUGAAAACCGCAGCUAAAAAAGGCCGUUCAUACCAUGUUAUAGUCGCAGAAGGAGGUCCAGAAAAACUGGGUCGCAAAAUGGCUUGCAGUCUUGCGUCUGAAGGGGUUGCUGUAACGCUAAUUUCGGAUGCUGCUGUAUUCGCCGUGAUGCCGAAAGUUAAUAAGGUUGUACUUGGAACUUACCUCGUGAUGUCAAAUGGUGGCAUUCGAGCUAUGUGUGGAUCGCAUUUGGUUGCCCUAGCAGCAUCCCGUUAUGCUGUUCCAGUAUUGAUUUGUUCAACGUCUUCAGCACUGGUGCCGGAGUAUCCUGAAGUGUUUGAGGAAUCAAUGAUGCACAAGGCACCGUUUCAUGACUUCGCUCCGAAAGCAUUGUGCGUGAUGAAGGACGGAACGCGGCCUGCUAUGUGUAAUCCCAUGUACGAUUACGUGCCUCCGGACUUGAUCAGCAUAUUUUUGUUCAACUCGGGAGGAUAUGUACCUUCUUAUGUGUACAGCUUGCGAAGUGAACUUUAUUCUCUUGAAGACAUUUCAUGGAUACCUGGUCGUUCCCCUGAUGGCGAAAAGUUGUCUCAAUAAAAUGAUUUAAUUUUG